AUGCGCUCCUCGGGACUGAGUCUGCUGCUGUUGGCAGCACUGCUGGCUUCCGCGCUGGCAGCCGUCUCCUACCGGGGGCACCAAGUUUACCGGCUGAAGCCCGCGGAGGAGCACCUGGCGGCGGUGGCGGCCCUGAGGGGCAGAAUGGGCCUCGACUUCUGGUCGCGGGCCCACCUCGCCGGCCACCCUGUGGACGUGAGGGUGCCGCCGCAGCUGCUCCACUCCUUCCGUCAACACCUCGACCGCCACAGUGUGCCUCACGAGCUGCUCAUCGCCGAUCUCGAAGAGAUGUUCCAGAAGGAGCGGAAUUCGACGCAGCACAAGGCACUGCCUCGACGUCCCGAGUCCCGCAUAUCGUUUACGGAGUACCAAACGUACGACGAGAUUCGGCAGUACCUGUCAGACCUGGCUUCAAGCUACCCCAGCCUGGUGUCCGUGGAGACCAUUGGGCAGAGCUUCGAGGGUCGGCCCAUAGACAUGAUCAAGAUUUCAUCGGGUGGGGACGGCACCCGUCCAGUAAUCGUAAUCGACGCAGGCAUCCACGCCAGAGAGUGGAUCGCUCCAGCUGCCGCCCUCUACGUCAUCAACCAGCUGGUUGAAAACGCAGCCGAGAGCGCGCUCACAGCCAGCGUCGACUGGCACAUCAUACCCGUGCUCAACCCUGAUGGUUACGAGUACACGUUCACAUCGGAACGGAUGUGGAGGAAGACCCGAUCUACAGAGUCGAUUCUAUGCGUAGGUGUCGACGGCAACAGAAAUUACGAUUUCCAUUGGAUGGAGGUUGGAGCCAGUUCAUUUCCCUGCAGUGAGACGUACGCCGGACCUGAAGCGUUUUCCGAGUCUGAAACCAGGGCCCUGAGGGACCAUGUUCUGGCAGACAGCAGCCGCAUCCAGCUUUACCUUUCGUUCCACAGCUACGGCCCCUAUAUACUCUACCCGUGGAGCUAUACCGCUGAGAUGCCUGAUAACUGGGAAACACUGCAAGCCUUGGGUGACGCAGCCAAUGCUGCCCAGGAAGCAGCGGGUGGUCCCACCUACACGGUUGGAGAGUCCACGGUCGUCCUGUAUGCAUCAGCCGGCAGCAGCGAUGACUGGACGAAAGGUGUCGGCGGAGUGGAGCUCGCCUACACCAUCGAACUUCCCGGUGGUGGCAGCCAAGGCUUCGACCCUCCAGCGUCUGAAAUCAUCGGCAUCGUGACGCCAUUCUUCGAAGCAAUACGAGUCUUCGGCCAGUACGUCAGUGACAACUUUGGAUGA